CGGCGCGCUCCCUCCAGCCCAGCCCGCUGUGCGCGCUCCCGACAGCCCAGCUGUGCUCGCUCCCGACAGCCCCGGCGGCGACGCGCCUGGCGAGGACGGCUCGGGCAGGUUGUGGCGCGGUGGAGGAAAGGAUUUUGGCAGUCAAUCCAGUCUCAGAAAGGUCGAUCGACAAUAAUGAAGAUACCGAGUAGAAUUUUCUCAGUUCCACGAUUUCUGAAGAUUUUGCAGUCCCUUCACUUACCAACAAGACCUGCAGGUGGAAAUGUGAAGCAAGUCAGGAGUAAGUCCUCAGAUCCAGCAGCUCAUGCAAGGCACACUGACGCCGUUGAACUCUUGGGGAAAUUCUACCCUUGCGAUGACCACACGAAUGUUACACCAAAGAUUUUGUCCAAAGUGGGGAAAAGCCUACAGAACCAAAGGAACCACCCUUUGUGGCUGCUGAAAGAACGCAUUAAGGAUCAUUUCUAUACAUGUUACCUGAGUCGCCACAGGAACCCGCUCUUCUCAGUGUACGACAAUCUCUCCCCCGUUGUCACCACCGAGCAGAACUUUGACAGUUUGCUUAUACCGCCAGAUCAUGCAAGUAGGAGGAAAGGCGAUAACUUUUACCUGAAUCAAAGUCACAUGCUCAGGGCUCAUACCUCUGCUCACCAACGAGAUCUUAUUCGUGCAGGUCUCAAUGCCUUCCUGGUAUUUGGAGAUGUCUAUCGACGAGAUGAAAUUGACAAAAAUCACUAUCCGGUCUUCCACCAGUUGGAAGGAGUCAGACUGUUUACCAAGCAUGAGCUGUUCGCUAAUGUGCAACAUGGAGAAGAGCUUCAUCUCUUUGAGAAGGGGUACCGCACAUCCUGCAAGCAAGAGAGCCACACGUUAGAAGCCGUCAAACUACUUGAGUUUGAUUUGAAACAGACCCUGAACAAAGUCGUGACACAUCUCUUUGGGAAAGGACUGGACACUCGGUGGGUGGAGUGCUAUUUCCCAUUUACGCACCCUUCCUUCGAAAUGGAGAUCAAGUUCCAGGGAGAAUGGCUGGAAGUCCUGGGCUGCGGUAUCAUGGAGCAGCAACUUGUAAACUCAGCUGGUGCUCAGGACCGGGUGGGAUAUGCCUUUGGCCUGGGCCUUGAACGACUGGCGAUGAUUCUGUACGGAAUACCAGACAUCCGCUUGUUCUGGAGUGAGGACGAACGAUUCUACAGACAGUUCCAGGUUACUCACAUUGACCAGAAAGUCACAUUUCAGCCAUUCAGCAAAUACCCGCCUUUGGUAAACGACAUCUCUUUUUGGAUUCCACAUGAAGGAUAUGAGGAAAAUGACUUCUAUGAUUUGGUGCGUAAUAUCGGGGGCGACCUCGUGGAGAAGGUCGCUCUCAUCGACCGCUUCUCACAUCCCACGUAAGUGCACCUGCAGCAA